ACUGUCAGUCACUUCGGAACAGCUGACGGGUGUGGACGCGUCUCCACGGUCGUUUCGUUCGCGGUGUUCUGUUCUCUUCGCGGUUUCGGGGUUCCCGUUUUUUCUACGGCGGUGGCUAGAGCAGGACGGCGGAUGAAGACGUUCGGGGGCCAGAUUGAUUAGCGGGUUUUGUGUUUGACCUUUUGCGGUUGAUCUAGUUAGCGGCGAGCUCGAAUGGGAAUGCGUUUUGGUGUUUGACCUAAGCGAGUGGCAGACCCCUUGCGUGAGGGUGUGUUUUCUUUUUUUUUUGUAUGGAAAGUGACAGAUGAGAGCGCGAGGGGCGUGCGAGUAGGGCGAAAGUUGACGAGAUUUGUGUACGCGACACCCGACGACCCCAUCUCGGAGGAAUUUCCGCGUGUGGCAGAAAGAGACGGUCCGCGGCCGCUGUAUUAGUGGUUUUCUGAGAACAAGACACGAAGAAGAUCCGUCCGUUCCGACACACCGUCGUGGCGCCCGUCGUCAGAGGGAAAAGAAGUCAACCUAGGGAGUGUGUGGAGUCUGUUUUGGAAGUGGAAGAGAGAGUGCAUCCUUCUUUGGGUAAUUGUUGGUGGUUGCCCCCCUUGAUUUCAUUGAUCGUAAGGCGCGUUUGGUGGCCGUACUGUCGUCAAUAAUAAAAACACGACCGUACACGGCAGCGACUCGGAGAAAGGUGUCACUGUUACGGUAUUUUUGUGCUCGCGAGAGAAAGAGUGAGUGAGCGUAGGCCUACGACACACGCAUACCGAGGGCGCACAGUGUUUGACGUUUCGCUUUGCGGCGAUAUUCGCGCAAGGGAAUCGCGAAAACCGAAGGAAGGUGGUAGCACACCAGGAAAUUAACAUCAAAGGUGUAGUAAAUAAAUCGGGAAGAAAACAAAACAAAAGGCAAUAACAAGAAGAACGAAACAAAGGAAGAUAGCGAAAAAGAGGAAUACACAACAAUAUAAUAAAAGAGAUUUACGGCAGCACAACACACAAAAGAGAAGAGGAGAACGUGCGUGCGUGUGUGUGUUCGCACGGCCUGCUUCGUCGUUCGUUCUGUUGUUUCGACAGUCAGUGCAUCGUAGUUUUUUGUGUGUUAUUUACGACGACUGGUGCUUGUGCGUGUGUGUGUUCUCCCCCUGGUAGAAAGGUGUAUUAGAGCUGUGAAGCAAGUGAAUGAAUCUGUUUGGCCGGUUCUGAAAAGGCGAUUGGAUACACGACGUCCAGACGGAGAUCAGAGGAAAAAUACAAGAUACCAUAGGCAGAGAAAAAAAACCGUCACCGAGGCUAUCUCUCUCACCGGAAAUCUCCAACCGGCACCACAAGCCAAUUAUGCCAAUCGCCGGUGCUGGCUGGCCAUCUAUCCCGCACUCCCGCGGAAGACGCCCUCGGAGUCGCGUGCCACGUCCCCAGUCAUAAGAGAGGAAACGCACAAAUUGCUUAUAAUUGUGUUUUAAUUUAAUCAUUCUUGUCGCGUUUCUUCAACAAUUUUAUUUUUUCGCUCAGAAACUUUGAGUAAGUCACGCGAAUUGUGUUUGCGCACCGCUAAUUGGUUUGCGUCUUCUCUGAUGAGUGGCCUCGGUCGGCAGAACCAGCAACCAAAAUGAAGUUUGAAGAUCAGAUAACGCCCCGGUGUCGGCAGCACCCAAGCCAACGUCCCAGCGACGUGAGAUGGACAGAUUUCGGCGGAACCGGCCAGAACUCGCGAAACCUGCGGCGUACCGCCCGAAAAAGUGCCAAAUUAGAACGUCGACAGCAGUCAAGUCAAGCCGCGCCGGAAGUCAGCGAAGAUCCGACGACGUCACCAUUCCAGUCCUGCUGCAGUCGCGUGCCGGCGAUCGGAAGUGCCGACGGUUCGGACAGUGCGAGCAGUGAUGCCAGCAGUGCAAGCUGGACCUUCCGGUGGCAGAACCGCCAGUGCCACCGGCAUCGGUGGGUAGCAGUGUUGUACAUAGUAGCGGUAGUGUUAGUGGGUGCAAUUUCCGAGGUUCACUGUGAUGCAGCUCUUAGCAGUAGGUCUAGUGGGGACGGGGGCAGUAGUAGUGGGACGGUGGCGCCGGCGGAUGGUGGCCACCUGCUGGAGGAUCACUACGAGGGCGGCGGCCACUACACGCACCACUGGGCGGUGCACAUUCCCGAGGGGGGGUCGGAGCAGGUCGAGCGGGUCGCCGAGGAGCACGGAUUCAUCAAUCAUGGCAAGAUUCUGGACGGGUACUACCACUUCGAGCAUCGGCACGUGCAGCGGCGUUCGGUGAACCCGGCGGCGCCCCACCAGCGCCGGCUGGACGAGGACGACCGGAUCCACUGGUCCCAGCAGCAGCGGGCCAAGCGGCGCACCAAGCGGGACUUUCGGCCCCUGAAGAGCCCCUACCUCAUCCAGCUCAACGAUCCCAAGUGGCCCGAGAUGUGGUACCUGAACCGAGGAAACGGCCUGGACAUGAAUGUGAUACCGGCGUGGAAGGAGGGCGUAACGGGGAAGGGCGUCGUGGUGACAAUCCUCGACGACGGCCUCGAGUCGGAUCAUCCCGACCUGGAGCAUAAUUACGACCCCGGAGCGUCGUACGACGUCAACGGUAACGACGGCGACCCAAUGCCCCACUACGACCUAACGGACUCGAACCGGCACGGGACACGGUGCGCCGGUGAGGUCGCCGCAACGGCCAACAACUCCAAGUGUGCCGUGGGCAUCGCGUACGGAGCUCGCGUCGGUGGCGUCCGGAUGCUGGACGGGGACGUUACGGACGUGGUCGAGGCCAAAUCGCUGGGACUGCACUCGCAACAUAUCGACAUCUACAGUGCCUCGUGGGGUCCGGACGACGACGGGAAAACGGUGGACGGUCCGGGCGAUAUGGCCACGCGGGCCUUCAUCGAGGGCGUCCGCAAGGGUCGCGGUGGAAAGGGCUCCAUCUUCAUCUGGGCGUCCGGCAAUGGGGGUCGCGAGCACGACAACUGCAACUGCGACGGCUACACCAACUCCAUCUGGACACUGUCGAUUUCGAGUGCCUCCCAGGAGGGACUCGUGCCUUGGUUCUCGGAAAUGUGCAGCUCGACGUUAGCCACGACGUACAGCAGUGGGAACACCAACGAGAAGCAGGUCAUUACGACGGAUCUGCACCACUCGUGCACGUCCUCGCACACGGGAACGUCCGCGUCGGCACCGCUGGCGGCCGGAAUUGCCGCGCUGGUGCUGGAAGCGAAUCGCAACCUGACGUGGCGUGACCUGCAGCAUAUCGUUGUCCGCACGGCCAAACCGGGCAACCUGAAGGACCCGUCGUGGGCAAAAAACGGCGUCGGCCGACGCGUUUCGCACUCCUUCGGGUACGGCCUGAUGGACGCGGCCGCCAUGGUCCGGCUAGCUCGCACCUGGAAGACCGUCCCGGACCAGCAGAUCUGCGAAAUCAACGCGCCCCACCUGGACAAGCAAAUUCCGCCGCGAACCAAAGUCACCCUGCAGCUGCUCGUGGAACACUGCAUGGGCGUCAACUACCUGGAGCACGUGCAGGCCAAAAUUACGCUCACUUCGCAGCGGCGCGGUGACAUCCAGAUCUUCCUGACGUCGCCGUCCGGCACCCGGGUCACGCUGCUAACACCAAGAUCCCACGAUUUAUCCCGGUCCGGCUUCAAUCAGUGGCCGUUCAUGUCGGUGCACACGUGGGGCGAAGCGCCGCACGGAGUCUGGCUGCUGGAGAUCCACAACGAGGGACGCUUAUUAGGAUACUCGUCGAUUCGCGGUUGGUCGUUAAUUUUGUACGGCACGAGCAUUCCGCCGGAUCCUAACGACCCACCCAACACUCCGCGGGUGUUCUCAACACCGGCCCUGCCGCCGGCCGCGUUGCCUCCGAUAAUCCCGGCUUCCGGAAGCUUCGGAUCGUCGAAGAAUUUCUACUCAUCCUCCGCGUUGGGAAAGCCCAACCGGAAGCAGCAGCAGCAGUACGGUGGUGCCACUUACACUCCCACGUUCGGGAUGACCCCGGCGUAUCAGUCGCCGCAGCCGGUGACGCCCCCGCGGAAGAACAACAAGGGCAAGAACAAACCCAACAAGAACCAGUCGUCCAAAACGACCACGGCACGCCCGGUUAGUCAAACCACCCUGAACGUUUUCCUGAACUCGUACGGAACGGGAAAGAAGUACGAGUACAACACCGGUCCGCGGAAGAACCAAACGCCCAAACCCAAACCCAUGCAGACCAUCAACUACGGCCGGUCGGACAAGUACCACGCGGCCACCUCCAACAUCCCCGAAAAGCAACCGAUAGCCAUCAAAGCCCCCAAGCAGGUUAAACAGGACAACGCACCCAACUCGCGCAAACUCCCCACCACAAUCGGAAUCUCGUCCAGCACCACCAACUCCGUCCCGUCAACUGCCACGGGAACAACCUCGGGCGGAACCACCUCCCUCUCCACGCAACCUCCCAUCUUCAACGAGCGAUUCUCCACCACAAACGCGCGCAUCCCCAACCGGUUCCAACAGUACGAAAAGAUCCAGCAGUUCUAUCCCGAGCUCAAACCGUACUCCUCGAUCCGGGACGACCUGGACCACCGAACUACACCCAACAAACCGGUCGCCGUCCAGCCGCCACCACCCAAAAACACGCCCUCGAUCGUAACCACCAACGGCAACGGAAAGCCCUCCCGAGCCAACCCGAAGAUCUUCUUCCCCGAUACGGAUAUUAUCGAUGCGAUUGCACCGCGGAAGAUCUCGUCAAGUCUGCAGCAACCGGUUCAGCCGGCGUUCUACGGGCGCACCCAGAACUCGCAGUUUGUGUCGAGCAGCGGUGGCAAGAACGGAAAGGCCCAAAUCACCCAGUGGAAUUUGAUCUUCUACGGGACGGAGACGCCGGCCCAGCCGGAUGACCCGGCCAGGGUAGGGAAGCCCGGCUUCAGCGACAGCAACUUUGGCGGAGAAAUCGAACACAACUCGCUCGAGUUCGAGAGCGGAGUGAGCAGUGACCAAUGGCGGAACAUGCAACAGAUCGGCGAGAGCCACGUGGACGUCCAGCGGACCGCGUCGAGCGACGUGACCAGCCUGGCGUGCGCCCGGUACGACCGGGCCCGCUGCUUAGAAUGUGGUUCUGCGUCCUUCUUCUACAACGGCCACUGCUACUCGUCCUGCCCGGCCAGCACGUUCCCGGACACUAGCACCAUGGAGCAGGAUGAGAAGCAACAGCACCAGCAGCAACGACCCCUGCCGCCAGGAUCCGUCCGUCGUCGUCGUCGAGGCAACAAUUUGGACAAUGAACCGCAGGAACGUGACACCCAACCUCAGCCGGGCCAGCAGCACCAACACUUUUGCAUCCCAUGUCACGCCACCUGCCUCGAGUGCAGCGGACCUGCCGCGAACCAGUGCACCGAGUGCCAGCCGGAAUUUGCCUUCGACGGGCUGCGCCUAUGCGUCACCAUCAACCGUAAGCAACGACCCCAGGCAUCCUCCGGAACCAAUAAAUCUUCAAACCAAACUGCAGCGACGUCGACGCUGGCCAACCCGGAGUCGGACGAUAAGCGGUGGCUCCCGGCGGACUACCUCAUUAUGAUAACCGUCGUCGGAGUGACGCUCGUGGCGGCCUUUGCCGGAAUCUAUCUGCUCUGGAGACGGUGCUUCCGGGGCGUUCUGCUCGCCACCGACCACCACCAGUACGACCGGGUUCAGACGUCGGAUCCGGCGACCAGCGGAAGCCGCGGGGUGCCGUCGUACGCCGAGCUGGUGCGGGACGAGAUCGAUGACAUCCUGGCGGAGAGUAGCUCCGAGGAGGAGGAGGAAGACGAGCACCACGAUGGGCGAGAGUCGCGCUCGUUUAUGCCGAUUAUUGCGCCGGUGGAGAGAUGAGCAGCACAAGAAUUGCAUUUCAA